AUGUGGCGGUUAUUGUACUUGUUCUUGCUGUUCGUCCGUGUCUAUUUUGCAGUGUCGCCCAGUUAUCUUCACCCGGACGAAAUCUUUCAAGGGCCAGAACCCAUCGCUGGAUAUCUGUUCCCUUACCCGACGCGUCAAACAUGGGAAUGGACAUCGUCACGCCCAAUCCGGAGUGUCUUCCCACUAUGGCCAAUCUAUGGAUUGCCCAUGGCUCUGUUGAAAUGGACGUGGGCGCAGGAAGAAGAAGGGGAUCGCGUUGAUCCUGCCAUCAUCUAUUAUACUCUUCGCCUUGUCAUGUUUGUCCUCAGCUUCGUCCUGGAGGACUGGGCUGUUCAUGAAUUGGUUCGCUCCCCUCGACAUUGGAUCCAAGCCGUUAUUUUGGUCACUUCCUCAUAUGUGACCUGGACUUUUCAAACACAUACCUUUUCAAAUUCUAUCGAGACUCUUCUGGUGUUGUGGAGCCUAGUGAUGAUAGAGCGCAUUUUGCGUGACAAGAAGCGGUCAGCUAUCGCGUCGAGCGCCGUUCUAGGGUUUCUUCUUGUUUUCGGAAUCUUCAAUCGGAUUACUUUUCCUGCCUUCGUUGUGAUACCCGGCAUUCAUCUCUUGCCACAUUUUUGGAAUAGACCUUUCUGCCUUCUUGCCCUUUCACUUUCCGGCAUUUUCUGGACACUAAUUGCCAUCAUCAUCGACACGACUUACUAUUCUGGACCUGCAGCCACAAGGUCCUUUGGUGCAUUGUACGACCAUGUCCGGAAGAAUCCAGUAAUAACCCCGCUCAACAAUCUCUUGUACAACACGCAGACCAGCAAUCUUGCCCAACACGGCCUUCAUCCGCAUUACCAACAUCUUCUCAUCAACCUCCCCCAACUUCUGGGUCCAGCAUUAGUCCUCUUAAUCGCGUCCGCUUACCCUUUCAACCUUCGCGUCCUGAAAGGCAUACUCUCUAACAACCGCCUUGCCUCGGCCGCUAUAGGGUGUCUUUUUCUCAGCUUUAUCCCACACCAGGAACCCCGCUUCCUCCUGCCCACCGUUCCUCUCAUCCUGACAAGUAUUCGCGUCCCCUCCUCUAAGCUAUGGUCACGUAUCUUCUGGACCACCUGGGUCAUCUUCAACGCCCUUCUCGCACUCAUCAUGGGCAUCUAUCACCAAGGCGGAAUCAUUCCAGCGCAGCUCGCCCUGCCGUCCCUCGUAAUACAAUCUUUGAACGCCUCCCAAUCGAAAGCUCACAAUAUCGAAGUCUUCUGGUGGAAGACCUACCCACCACCAACCUUCCUUCUCGGCUCUGAACCAUUGCACCCUGCAACAAAUAGGUCCCUGAACAUCUCCACUGUACCUCUGAUGGGAUACCCUCAAAGGGAGUUGGUGUUCAUGCUCAUGCAGCACAUGCCGACAUGCGACCCAUCCCUUGUAGAACGAUUAAUCCCGCAUAGGGAGAAGACGGACAUCUUUGUUGUGGCGCCGCUGAGCGCCUGGCGUCUCGAUGGCUUCAACACCGCUCAAAGCUCUUCCAAGGAUCUUUCUGCACAGACACCAGGCUUCAACUACCCUUCGGUCUCCAACUUCAGUUUCUCGAUAGACAUGAACAGUCCCCCGGCACAGUUAAGUAUGACCAACCUCGCAGUCUUUCGUCAGCAUUUGAAUCUAGACGACUUGGAUUUUGGGGAUGAUGGGAUUUGGCCGACGUUGGAGAGAAUCGUGGGCAGGCGAGGGCUAGGAGUGUGGAAGGUCGACCGUAUUUGCGGGCCGCCGGAGUACGUCGAUGCACAUACGGGGCAGAAACUUACGACGGAACAUUUAAAUGCAAAGAGGGCGGAAAUGGAAAGCGACGCGGCUCGUGAUGAAUUGGUUCGAGGGACAGAUUCGUCCAUGGUGUCACGGCCGCCGCUCUCAUCCCCACAAGUCGAAGAGUCUCCGAGUACGACUGUGACCUCCAUCAACGCUGCGGCCGAAGAAGAAGACAGGCAAACUAGUACCACUACAGUGCCAGCAGAUAUGUUGAUGCAGGAAUCAAGCAUUGCGCUGUGA